GGGAGAGAAAGGAACGAAGAAAAAUAGAAAGAAACAUAGAGAACAGAGUGUUCCAAGAGUCCAUCUCUUUCAAGCAGAAGGUACAGUUCUGUUGACACUGAAGACACCUCGUUGUGUGUGUGUGUGUGUGUGCAUGUACUGGAAAUUGCUGACAGCUCAAAUGGAUCGCAUGGAAUUACAAAAAGUCAACACAGAACUUGACGAGGAGAGCAACAGUGGUGAAAGCACUGAAGACAACUAUACCGAUAUGGUAGAUCCAGAGAAGGCUACUAUGAGCAGUCAGUUUGUUGGUGGUGACACAGAAAGUCAGAAGUUCCUUACCAACGGCUUUCUGGGUAAAAAGAAGUUGGAAGAUUAUACAGAUGAAUAUCAUCCAGGAAAUACUUCGUUUGGAAUAUCAGCAUUUAACCUCAGCAAUGCAAUCAUGGGCAGUGGAAUCUUGGGAUUAUCCUACGCCAUGGCCAACACUGGAAUAGUACUUUUUACAAUCUUACUGCUCAUUGUAGCUAUAAUGUCUCUCUAUUCAGUUCAUCUGCUGCUGAAGACUGCCAAAGAAGGAGGCUCACUAAUAUAUGAAAAAUUAGGUGAAAGGGCAUUUGGAUGGCCUGGAAAAAUUGGUGCUUUUAUUUCACUGACAAUGCAGAACAUUGGAGCAAUGUCAAGCUACCUCUUUAUUAUAAAAUAUGAACUUCCUGAAGUAAUCAGAGCAUUUCUAGGGCUUGAAGAGAAUUCCGGGGAAUGGUAUCUGAAUGGUAGCUACCUCGUUAUAUUGGUGAGCAUUGGAAUUAUUCUUCCACUCGCACUUCUAAAGAAUUUAGGUUAUCUUGGUUAUACAAGUGGAUUUUCACUUACUUGCAUGGUGUUCUUUCUGAGUGUGGUCAUCUAUAAGAAAUCCCAGAUCCCAUGUCCUCUCCCACUCUUGGGUCAUACUGUUGGCAACUGGUCCCAUAACAGCACCACAGUUCCACUACAUGUAGUGGUGAUGUUGCCAAAUGACUCUGCUGAUUCAGAGGUGAACUUUAUGAUGGACAGCAACCUCAAGCAGUACUCGUCAGGGUUUGAAGAAACCAAGGACAAGCUACAUCAAAGUGGAGUCGAAUAUGAAGCCCAUGGAGAGGAGGACGACAAGUGCCAACCGAAGUAUUUCGUGUUUAGCUCACGGACUGCCUAUACGAUACCCAUCCUGGCAUUUGCUUUUGUGUGCCACCCUGAAGUUCUACCCAUAUACAGUGAACUGAAAAACCGAUCUCGCAAACGGAUGCAAAACGUUGCCAACGUCUCCAUCACUGGGAUGCUCGCCAUGUAUUUCCUUGCUGCCCUGUUUGGCUAUCUUACUUUCUAUGGAGAAGUUGAAGAUGAGCUGCUUCAUACAUACACUAAAGCAUACAGUUUUGAUACAUUUGACAUCUUGCUUUUGAUGGUUCGCCUUGCAGUACUUGUAGCUGUGACACUGACUGUGCCAAUAGUCCUAUUCCCAAUCCGUACAUCCGUUACUACACUUUUAUUCCCCAGAAGGCCUUUCAGUUGGAUAAGACACUUCCUCAUUGCUUCAGUCAUCCUUGUAUUUAAUAACCUCUUAGUCAUUUUUGUACCUUCUAUUAGAGACAUCUUUGGAUUCAUAGGAGCCUCUGCUGCCACCAUGCUGAUCUUUAUUCUUCCUGCUGCCUUUUAUCUCCGGAUUGUCAAGAAAGAGCCUUUCAGGUCACCUCAGAAGAUCGGGGCUCUGAUUUUCCUCAUUGUUGGAAUUAUCUUCAUGUUCGGAAGCAUUACUCUAAUUGUCAUGGACUGGAUUUACAACUCUUCUGGUUCCAAUCAGCACUAAUCCAGAAGAAAAUAAAGCAUGGUUGGAUUUUCCUUCCUUCUGGCUGAAUGCCAUCAUCCAGUGAGGAAAUAAAAAGACUUGCAACCUUUAGAAGGGAGCGUGACCCCUAGUCAAGAGCUACAAGAUUCCAAAGACUUUGCUAGCGAUGCCACUAGGAGGAACCUAUGGAAUAUUAAAACACCCUUUAAUAAAGGAUCAUUAUUUAUGCAACAAAGCCUAUGCCAAACCUGGCUGGGCCAGAUUAGGAUGUGCUGGAUGGGGGUGUACAGAGCUAAUUAUGUAUAUAGACCUCAAAAUACUGUACUGUUACUGUAAUUAUUGUUUUGAUAAGACUGUUUCUAGAAUACUGAAAAGACAAUGUAGCUGUUUGAAAGUUGCCCUGAUGCCUUUUAAACUUGUAUGUGGGUAUGGUUUAUGUUAAUAUAUUAUACCCUGUUUUCAAAAAGAGGCUGGGAUAUUUACCAGUUGUUGAAAAGCUGAGAUGCUCAGAAUCUCAAGCACAGUUGCCAAGGUGGCGUGUAUAUAUGUAUCUAUACUGUAUGUACAUAGAAAACAGAAGAGAAAAUAAAUGUAACAAUAGCUGUUUAAGUGGCUAUCUAUGAGGUUAAGAAGUACAAUCAAAGCAGGAUUUAUACACACGGUGUGAGCACCGACCUUUGUAAGUAUUUUUACAUGUUAAGUGAUAAAUUAUAUUAAAGGGUGAUUACAAGAA